AUGUCGGUCGCUCACUCGACCCGACCGGUCCCACCCUACCAGCCCUUCCAAUGUUCCAUCUGCCAGAGCCGCUUUACCAGACAUGAAAACCUCAAGCGCCAUGCUGCCCUGCACUCGCGUUCCUCGGGCGAAGUCUCCUUGGCCUGUGGUCAUUGCAGCGCGACCUUCUCCCGUCCGGACUUGCGCAAUCGACAUAUGAAGCGGAAGCACCCCGAGCACCACCAGUCAUGCUCGCUGCAGGUGCAUCGACUCCAGCGGGCUGGCGACGAAUACGAGGCAGCAAGAGACGACUGGUUUCCGUCCGACCUGCAGAUCCGUCGGGGACGCGAUCUCUUCUUCAACCACGUUUCCUGCUUUCUCCCCUUUCUACACCAAGGAACCUUCGAUCCUACACAGGUAUCCGCAUAUCUCAUCCUAAGCAUUCUCAGUAUUGCCUACCAAUAUGGUGAUGAUCCGGAACGAGAGGACGCAUCCGGGUCUGGCGCCACCCUGUCCGUGCAAUGCUUCCAUCGUGCGCGUGCUCUCAUCCCCAGCCAUGAAGACGACACCGACGACACCGCCGAAGCCACUUCCUCGCACCUGACCACCAUCCAAUCCUACCUCCUCCUCCAGAUCUGCGCCAUGAUGUAUUUCUGCGGUGAGAGCUCGACUCAGGGCCUCAAGAUGCACACAGCGAUGAUCUCCCUCGCCCGAUCGGCGGGCCUCAUGCAACCGAGCCCGACCUCCUCCCUGGCCUCAACCUCCGACCUCGACUCCCUCUGGCGCGCCUUCAUCCAGGCCGAGUCGCACAAGCGAACCAUCUUCGCGGUCCACCAGAUCGAUGCCCUGUACUACCAACUCCUCUCCAUCCCCCGCUGCAUCUCCCACCUGGAAAUCAAGCACGACCUUCCCUGCCCCGAGAACCAGUGGUCCGCCUCCACCAGCGCCGAAUGGGCGCACCUUCAACUCACCUCUCGCUCCACUGCCACCGCUGAAGCCCCCACGCUACAGUACGCCGACGCAAUUCGGCACUUCCUCUCUCCCGCUGCCGACAUCCAACCCAUCGCCCCCUUCGACCCCUACGGCGCCAUCAACAUCGCCCAGUUCCUCAUCUCCAGCGCCCGCGAGAUCUCCGGCUGGUCCACGAUGACGGGCAUGUUAAGCAUGGAGCGGUUUGGGGCGCUGCGCUCGUCCCUCGCGGCGCUGGGUCCGUACCUCCGCCCGGAUGGUGAUCUCGAUCCCACCACCGAUGGGAAUCCCCGAACGACCAGUGCCCGCACCAUCACCUGCGCCGCGACUUGGGAAACGGCCAUGCUCGAGCUCCAGAUGUGGUCGCCGUUGCACACGGGCGGCAUCGUCGGGGCAAGCAUCGACACGUGGCUGCAGCAGUCGACGCGGCUGGCGCCGGCCUCGUGCGAGGUGCUGUGCGAGGUGGACACGGUGGUGCAGGCGGUGCAGCCGCACGUGGACUGGUUCCUGCGGUAUUUGGAUCGGUGCCCAGCCCUGGAGGCGGAGGCGCCCUGGGUGCUGCUGUACGCAUACCAGGCAUUCUUGGUGGCGUGGCAGCUGGUGCGGUGGGGGGUGCCGGGGGCGAUGGGGGUGGUCGGGGUGUCGGAUGGCGACGGGGAGGGGGCGCUGCGCUGGGCCCGGACGGUGUUUGGGCGACGGGAGAGGUGGCAGAUUGGGCGGUUGAUCGGGCGAUGUCUGGACGAGCUGGGCAGGGGAGGUGGUUGA